AGAGGAUUCUGAGCAGUAUGACUUGAGUUCCAGGGAUGAGAGUGGUCAAAACAAGAAGAAAAACAAAUUCAACAAGAUCUGGAAUUUUGUGAGUCGCAGAAAAGGGCCUUCCUGUCAGGGGAAGCGACCCCAGUCCAUGAUUUUAUUGGGAGACACCUCUAAGUCAUCAGAGUUGAAAACUAAAGUCACAUUAAUGGAUCGGAUGAAGUCUUUCAAGAGGUUGAAGCCUUCCAUUGGGGCCUCUAAGAAUACUGCUCCUAGGAGCAGCAAGCCCCAGGAACCCCAGGAGUUCUCAAGUAAUUACCAUGUGAGGAAGGCUGAGCAGACCCCAAAGCCCUUCCGCCAUUCUUAUGCAGGCCACAUUGAGGUCCUGGAGCCCUUCCUUCCAGAGGCACAGAGGCUUGUGCACACUCCCAAUAGGGAAAAUCAGGAAGCGUGGACCUUCAAAGACUCUGGUAUUCAAGUGGAGGAAGGACCUUGUGAAAAAGAGGCCCCUGGGCAGCCUGGUGGCAGAGGCGACAGGUGGGCUAGGAGCUAUCUGAAAAACAUGUUCUCUGGGGACCAUGAGGCUCUACAAAUAUCAGCCAGAAACUCCAGAAUUCAGGAACUCAGGGUCAUCAUUGAGGGCUCCAACUUGGAAGGGAACGUGGAAGGAGGCUAUGAGGAAAGUCCUGGGCACCUGCGCCGAGACAAGGCUGCAUCUUUUGGUGGUGUUGUUAAGUUUUUCAGCAACAUGGCUGAGGUGGCCCGCAAGUGGCGAGCAUUCUCCCGAGAAGAGCCCCAGAUGGGCUGCCAACACCACUGCCACCCACGCAGCGAGGCCUACUUGGUCCGGGACACCCAAGGCUUCAUUCUGAAGGGUGCUGCUUCCCAGGACUACUCCCAGGUAAACUUGCCCUUCAGGCCCCCUGAGGCUGCACUGUGUGGCAGUGCCAUUGGGAGGCACCAGCACUGCCACCUCAAUGCCUCACAGGCCUCAUGCACCUUUCAAAUGAGCAUUGAAGGAAAGAAGAUGUUGGGCCAAGCCUUGGAAGAUCCCUGUUCUACUGCUGCCUUAGCCUGGAUGUCAACCUCCACUGACUUUGAAUUCCAGAAUGAUCCCACCCCACAGAAAGGCUACAGUUGCCACUACAAUGGUGCCUUCACCAGGGAGCACUGCUCCUCUGAAGAGCUUGAAGAAGAUACUGAGACUGUAGUCAACUUCCUCAAGGAAGAUGACAGUGCUGGAGGGUCCCCUGAGCUCGGCACCUGCUCCAGGAGGGCUGUCACUCAAGCUGUUGUGGAGAAGCUAGAGGAGAACCUCAGCAAGAUGGAAGAGCAAGAGGCCAGCAGGGGCGGGCCCACGGGGUCCAGUCAGGCAGGACAGCUCCACAAGUCUGAUUUGGAUAUGGAUGCAACAGAUACAGAGAGUGAAGCCAGCAAGGCCUGCACUGGAGUUUCCAAUACUCAGGCUUUCUUACCCCCAGCUGAACCAUCACCAAAAACUCUACCCCUCAAAGUCCUCCUGGCAAAAUGCCAAUCUCUGCCUAUCUCAUGGAGUGAUCCUUUGGAGUUGGAUCAAAUGCACUGGAGGAGACGCAGGAAGCUUUGCACAGGUAACUUGGACCAGGGCUUCAAGACACUAGAAAGCUGCAAGAACAUUGGUGGACACUGGAAGCCCCAGGGACCAGGAAACAAGCAAGUCAAUGAACUGAUCACUGGAGAUUCCAUCGUUAGUGCUGAGGCAGUAUGGGAUCACGUCACCAUGGCCAACCGGGAGUUGGCAUUUAAGGCUGGCGACGUCAUCAAAGUCUUGGAUGCUUCCAACAAGGAUUGGUGGUGGGGCCAGAUCGACGAUGAGGAGGGAUGGUUUCCUGCCAGCUUUGUGAGGCUCUGGGUGAAUCAGGAGGAUGGGGUAGAGGAAGGACCCAGUGACGUUCAGAAUGGGCACCUGGACCCCAACUCAGACUGUCUCUGUCUGGGCCGGCCACUACAAAACCGAGAUCAGAUGCGGGCCAAUGUCAUCAAUGAAAUCAUGAGCACUGAGCGUCAUUAUAUCAAGCACCUCAAGGACAUCUGUGAGGGCUACCUGAAGCAGUGCCGAAAGAGAAGGGACAUGUUCAGUGAUGAGCAAUUGAAGGUCAUCUUUGGGAACAUUGAAGACAUCUACAGGUUUCAGAUGGGCUUUGUGAGAGACCUGGAGAAACAGUACAAUAAUGAUGACCCCCACCUCAGUGAGAUAGGACCCUGCUUCCUGGAGCACCAAGAUGGAUUCUGGAUAUACUCCGAGUACUGUAACAACCAUCUGGACGCCUGCAUGGAGCUCUCCAAACUGAUGAAGGACAGCCGCUAUCAGCACUUCUUUGAGGCCUGUCGCCUCUUGCAGCAGAUGAUUGACAUAGCUAUUGAUGGUUUCCUUCUCACUCCAGUCCAGAAAAUCUGCAAGUAUCCCUUACAGUUGGCUGAGCUCCUCAAGUAUACUGCCCAGGACCAUAGUGACUACAGGUAUGUGGCAGCUGCUUUGGCUGUCAUGAGAAAUGUGACUCAACAGAUCAAUGAACGCAAGCGGCGUUUGGAGAAUAUUGACAAGAUUGCCCAGUGGCAGGCCUCUGUCCUAGACUGGGAGGGUGAGGACAUCCUAGACAGGAGCUCGGAGCUGAUCUACACUGGGGAGAUGGCCUGGAUCUACCAGCCCUAUGGCCGCAACCAACAGCGGGUCUUCUUCCUGUUUGACCACCAGAUGGUCCUCUGCAAGAAGGACCUGAUUCGGAGAGACAUCCUAUACUACAAAGGCCGCAUUGACAUGGAUAAAUAUGAGGUAGUAGACAUUGAAGAUGGCAGAGAUGAUGACUUUAAUGUCAGCAUGAAGAAUGCCUUUAAACUUCACAACAAGGAGACUGAGGAGGUUCACCUCUUCUUUGCCAAGAAGCUGGAGGAGAAGAUACGCUGGCUCAGGGCUUUCAGAGAAGAGAGGAAAAUGGUACAGGAAGAUGAAAAAAUUGGCUUUGAAAUUUCUGAAAAUCAGAAGAGGCAGGCUGCAAUGACUGUGAGAAAAGUCUCUAAACAAAAAGGUGUCAACUCUGCCCGCUCAGUUCCUCCUUCCUACCCACCACCGCAGGACCCAUUAAACCAGGGCCAGUACCUGGUCCCAGAUGGCAUCGCUCAGUCACAGGUCUUUGAGUUCACCGAACCCAAGCGCAGCCAGUCACCAUUCUGGCAAAACUUCAGCAGGUUAACCCCCUUCAAAAAAUAGUACCUACAGGGAGGCAGAUAAUUUUAAAAUAAAGUAAAUAAAAUUAUAUUUAUAGAUGGACCUUUUUUCGGAGAAGCACUGUUGAAAUUUAUAAAUAUAUAUAUGGACAUAUACACACACAGAGAGACCCUUGAGUGUACACACACACACACACACACACACACACACACACACACACAGAAGGACCAAAAACGUUUUCUGUUCUUUGGGGGAAGUGAAAUAUAUAGUUGGUAGGAAGAGGUAUCAAUGACUUCUAAACAUUUGAUCUCUUCUUAAAAGUUUUUUUUUGUUCUUCUUGCUCUAUCCUCAUCCCCUUUACUUUCAGAAAUUGACAUUUCUAUUUGUUCCUUUUCUUGUUGAGAUAAUCUCUUUACUCCCCUGAGUGAUUCAUUGACUUGUCAUUAUUACCAUAGAUGUGUUUAUAUUGUUUUUUUUUUCUUUCCCAAUGAUACUGAUGCUGAUGACUUUUUAAUUUAAUUUAAUGUGGUGGGUUUGGGAGUUUAGAAUUGUUUUUCCUUUUACUUUUUACUAGGUAAAGGGAGGGUCUUCUUUCUCCUCUCCUUCAGCUGACCAUCUAUCUUCAAAUGUUUAUGCAGCCCUAUAGUUGCCCCAAACAGCCUUUUCCCUGCAUCUUCUGUUCUCAGUUGUGUGAGUCUGGAUGUGCUCUGUUGUGCCCUGUGACAUAACUACUCAAUAUUCCUAUUGCUUUCACUGUGUUUUGGUAUUGUAGAGGGAUCAAAACCAAAAUAAGCAAGGGCAUGUCAGAGUAUAAUGAUGCAGGAGAAGACUUCUGUUCAGGGAACAUUCUGCAUUUGGGCUAUUUCUUCUCCUAGCACUGGGGUUUCCCAUGUUGCAGCACUACUGAGUUGUGACAGUUUUGUAUCUGGGAUUUAGUUUCACAAAUUAUUCUGUUCUUCAAGAUGCUUUGGUUAUGGUUUUCCUUCUAAGCCUGUCCCUCUCCUAACCUAAAAGAUCUGAACUGGAAGCAAACAGGCUGAAACUCUGCCUCCUGUUGGAGGGAUUCAACUGCCUCCAGUACCAAAUAGAUUUAAGAAAGGGCUCCCCACUGCAAUCAGUUUGAGGGCCCGUUCAUCCCAGUUUCCAUUUGCAGAUUGUUUAGGCAGCAUUGAUAGGAGUCUAUAAAUGGAUAAAGAUAGAGUCUACCCUACCUUACCAAGAUCAUCAUCUGUCUUUAAAUUAUUUACCUAGAGAAGAUCCAAUGCUGAACCGCAACUUCUUACAGGAAAAAAACGGGUGGGUAUGGAAAUAGACAGCCUUGGCCUAAGAUAUGUACCUGCAGUUCCUACCAUUCAAGUUAUUUGAGACUUCCCUAAUUAUUAGCAGAUUGCAUGGACAAUCUCCCUUUUCUUCCCCUCUUCCUAUCUUUCUUCUUUUUCCUGCUCUAUUGGCACCAGAAGAUUGGUGGUAUUGCCAUAGUUAAAGCACUCUGGCACUUGAAGAAGGCCCCAUUUCCAACAUUGUCCCAUCUCAGGACAUUUGAAGCAAGUAAGGAUUCCAGGGGGAUUUUUCCCUAUGGAGAAAGGAUCUGAGACAGAAAUCCCAUACUUAGGCUCAUUUUGGGGCAGGAUUUACACUGGGGUAAAACUAACUUCUCCCAGAAAGAGUUCCCUGUGGGUACAGGAGUACUUGCUUCUCCUCCCCACAUGGCCCCUUGCAUGGCCCCUCCAGCAAGAAGAAUGGAGUACAAAGAAGUAAGGAUUGACCUUGCUAUGGAGAACUCUAGUGAGGAAUCUGGAGAUUGUGAGUCUGUUCAGAACCCCUUGGGAGAAGACUAUGUCAUGAAAGGACCUCAGCUUACUAAGCAGUACCAUGGCUGCAUGGGGCCCUCAGUGUAGCUGGCUUGAUUGCUGCUCUAUGACUCCUGACCCAGACCAGUCCUUCCCAGCCUGGGAAUUUUUCUUCUGUGGGAAUCAAACUGCAAGUUGUUUCAGCUUCCAUUCAGACUUGUGGAAUGAGCCAAGGGUAAGCUUGAAUUGGUCAGAGGGCCAGGGCUUGGGACUGGCCACCACUGCUCAGAACAUGACCCAGCUACUUAAGCACCCUUGGCAAGGAACCUGUACCUAGUGCAUAAGAUAAAAUGGCCUCUCUGGCAAGCAGAAUGUGUUUAAAUAACUGGGUAGGCCUUUCUUGAACUUACAUUCUUCCUUACUUGCCCCACUACGCUUGGCACUGACAUGUUUCUAUGAGGUCUUGGAGCCCACCAAAAGGGGAUUCUCAGACAAGUCCCUGGGCCUACAAUAUCUCUUGGUCAAAGCCCCUUGUCCCUGUGCUCCCCUAGACCUGUACCCAGAGCUCCAUGAUCAGGGAUAUUGCCUCUCGCCAUCCACCUCCCAUCCAUCUAUCUCUCAUCCACCCAACCCACUGGCCUCACUAGAUGCCAAUGACUUGUGAAAACACCAAGAAAUAAGUAUUCCCUUGGUUGUAGUGUUCCCCCAGCCUAUGGCAGCAAAUCAAACCAGUGGCCAGCAGCCCCAUGGGGAGUCCCAUUAUCUGGGCUCAUGGUCCAGUCCUAUUCUGUGUCCUCACAGCAGUGCUAUCCCUAAGAACUCUGUAAAUCUUUGUUUCUGCAUGGCCCUGAGCUCCCUUUUCCUCAACUCAAUGAGGCCUGGAUUUGCUCUUCAAAAGGCUUUGCUAUUGUGUUCUAUGGGCCCUGCUGUGGGAUGGUCCUAACACAGAAACUCAACUCCUCUUUCUCUCUCCCUCUCCCCCAUUCUCUCUAUGUGUAUAUCUCUAAUGGAUUUAUAAGAACAGCAACAAGAGAGUUCUAACAGUUCUAGUGUAAAGCCAAAUAGUGAUCUUUUAGUGCUUUGGGGAUGGGGUGGGCUGGGGUGGUUGGAUGGGCAACAGUGAUUUUGAUUACCCCUGCUGCUCUGCAUUUGCCAGUUUAUUUUGUUUCUCCUAAUUGACUGUUUGACCCUGUCAAACAAAUGUCAAAGUUGUGUGUUUAAAAAAAUGUUUAACAACAAAACUACGAUGUUGUAAUGACACAAAGCCUUAUGAAAAUAUUUAUGGAGUUCAAUAAAAGAAGUAAAAAGACA